AUGUUAAUGUUCUUUAUAUUAUUGUUAUCGGAGUUAGGAAACGUUCUAUGUAUAAAAUACGACAAUAAAUUUCAUUAUGAUUUGUAUGAAACAACGAAAUUAUCGGGUAAAAAUAAUUUGAAUGAAACUUUCUUUUCGUCACUAGAAAGUUACCAAGUAGAUGCGCAACCGGUAUCUGAAGUGCAAUACCCAUGGGUGGCAAAGGUGAUUCACUCUCGCAGUAAGCAUAAACCGCACAUGUGUACCGCCGUGUGUAUUGAGAAGAGGAUAUUUAUCACCGCCGCUAGAUGCAUCUAUAGCUUAAAAGUAAAACAUACCACAGUAAUAUAUCAACAGGAGAGACUACCAGCUCUGUCAUUUGUGGUACCAUCGCAGGGUACGAAGCAAGCCUUCGACGAUAUUGGAUUUAUUGUAGUUGAGGACGGCUUUACAGGCAUUUGGAAGACUAUUAAACUUUUUGAAAGUACAAACAGGACGGACGAUAAUUUCGAAUGGUUCGUGAAUCUUGGUCUAUCUGGAAUGGGCUUCAAAGUUGUUGGAUAUGCCACACAGAAGGGUAUUCAUCGAAUCAAAGCGGCCGAAAGAGAAUUCGAUUUAACCGAAUUAGAAAUUAAAAUAGAUAUCAAGAUAUGCACCACUAUUCUUACUUUCAACAAUCGCGUAAACGGAUUUCACGUGCCGUGCUACCACUCAUGUACUUUAGAGCAGUUUAAAACUAACAAUAAACUGUGUCAGAAAUAUCACGGUGUAGAGGGAGGCGCAAUCAUUGAUAUAAAAACACAUAAAUUACUUGGUGUGGCGACAUGGGGACCUUAUUUUUAUAAAUACGAGUUGCCUGUUGGGUUUUCAGUGCCUAACUCAGAUAAUUUUUUUAAAGAUUACACCUGCGCCAGGCAUAUAAGAAAUGAUAAUAGCGUAUUGGUAAUGGCUGGAUACUAUCAAAGCAUUUGUGAUGACAUUUGA